AUGUCAAUAAAACACUGGUCUUAUGAACAAUAUGAAAGCAAAGAAGGCAUUGACCUGCUGGAGCGCACACAUGAAAUAUCAGAGAAGAUCAAGGCCAAAUGGAUCAGCCCAGAUAUGAGUGUGGAAGAGCUGGAGCAGUAUGUGAACCAGCAGUUCGAUGAGCUGAAUAGGCUGGUUCGCCUGGAGGAGUGGCGUGUCCUGCACCUGGUGGAUUUAAAGGAGGCGUUCCUCACUGCCCAGGCUGCUGAGAAGAUAUCUGAGAUUAGUGUCCACACUGAAAAACUACAGGAGGAGAUGGAUUCUGUCACACAACAGCUGAGUGAACUGGAUCAAAUCGAGCAGAAUGGAGUCGCCCCUAUGCACCUGGCCCCACUGCUGGCCGCCAGACCACCACAUCCACCUGAAGCUCUUGUGGAGCCCAUGCCACUGAAUCCUGAUUUGAGGCUAAGGUAAGAUACCUAAAAUAAUCAGUUUCAGAAACUGUGAGGUACUGUUAAAUAUUACUAUUUUAAAUCAUAUAAAAAUAUAAUUUUGUUCUGUGAUGUUGGUAAAUUGGUUUGUUCACAAUGAUCCCAUGUUCCAUUUACCUGAUUCGGUGCAUAAAAACAGUCUGUAACUGACAAAGAAAUAGUGACACAUGGUAAAAACUCAAUAUGGUGUGACAUUACUGUUGGACCAUCAUAAUGAAAAGAUUGUGUCACACCUCUGUUCAUCAGUUUGCACUGGCUACCAGUUAUUAGUAUAUAAAUAGAUGAAUAUAAAUGUAUAAAUAUAAAUGUAGUAUAUAAACAAAUCAUUAUUAUUUGUUAUUGUCCAUCAGUUAUAGAUUUCUAAGCUAAUUAAAAGCAAGAAAUUAGAGAAAAAAUAAAGUUGCCUAUAGUAUACACCACCAGUCAAAAGUUUUUAAACAGCAAGUUUGUUUUUUAACAAGUAUCUUCAAGUCACCAAGCCUGCAUUUAUUUGAUCCAAAGUACAGCAAAACUUAUUUGCUGCUCAGAAAAAAAAAGAAAAGAAAAAAAACACUUAUUAUGAUAAUGUAUAACACUGAGUUGAAUUGUUUUUAGGUUUCUUUGAUGAAUAGAAAGUUAAGAAGAACAGCAUUUAUCUGAAAUAGGAAUCUUUUGUAAAAUAAUGUCUUUAACAUCAAUUUAAAGAAUCUUUGCGAAAUAAAAGUAUUAAUUUCUAUCAUUUCUUUUCCAAAAAAAAAAACCUUAUACUGACUCUAAGCCUUUGAAUGAGAUAGUGUGAUGUUGCAAAAGCUUUUUAUUUCACAUAAAUACUGAUCUUUGGAUCCUUCUAUUCAUCAAAGAAUACUGAAAGAAAAUGUACUCCCCUGUUUUAAAAAAUAUUGAUAAUCAGCAAAUCAGCAUAUUUAGAAUUAUUUCUGAAGGACGUGACACUGAAGACUGGAGUAAUGAUGCUGAAAAUUCACUUCUGAUCACAGGAAUAAAUUACAUUUAAAUAUAUUAUUUGCUGUACUUUGGAUCAAAUAAAUGCAGCCUUGGUGAGCAGAAGGGACUUCUUAAAAAACAUUUUAAAGAAUCUUACUGGCCAAAAACUGAGUGGUAGGCUAUA